AUGAUGAGCGGCGUGGUGCCUUCCUCCCUCCAUGUCCUCCUCCGCGCCGAGCGCGCCCUCUGCGACCGCGACGUCGGCGAGGUCCACAUCCCGCUGUCCGAGCUCCUCUCCGGCGCCCCCGACGGCCCCGUCCCCGCCAAGUUCGUCGCCUACCAGGUGCGCAAGAUCUCCUCCGGCAAGCCCCAGGGAGUCCUCAACCUCUCGUACAAGCUCGGCGAGGUCGCCAACGGCUACGCCCCCGCCCCGCCGCCCACCAAGGCCGACGCGUACCCACCUCCAUACGGCGCCUACCUGCCCGCCGGCGGCAAGGCCGACGCUGCUUACCCGCCCUCAUCCGGCUACCCACCCGCGGCAGGCAAGCCAGGCAAGGGGGGCGAACCGGUGACGGCUUACCCUUCGGCCGGUCCCAGCACGGCGGCGCCCUACGCUGCUCGUCUGCCGCAGUACAGCUCGACUGGUGGGGGCAGCGAUCAUGAUGAGCGGCGUGGUGCUCCCGCUGACGAACAAGGGACUCAUCUGAGCGAGUGGGUGGAUCGAUCGCCUCCCCCUGAUGCUCUGAUUGUUUUGGCAUGGCGAGAUCCUGCAACUGCUCCUCGAGACUGGGCACAGCGGUGGAUGCCAUACCAACCUUUCAGCUGGGCAAGUGGAGCACUCGAUCCUGAAGGCGCUGCUGCUCACAGUAGCUUGACAUCAAUCAAGAGGGGUGUCUGGGCUAUGAUUGCAUCCUUCCUUGCCUACUGCACGCUUCAGGCACCUUCAACAAUACUUAUUAGGCCCCACCCUGCUGUCUGGCGCCUGGUACAUGGACUGGCUGUCGUUUACCUCGUUGCUCUUACCUUCCUCCUUUUCCAGAAUCGUGACGAUGCUCGCCAGUUCAUGAAACUCCUCCACCCUGAUCUUGGAGUUGAAUUGCCAGAGAGAUCUUAUGGAGCUGAUUGCCGUUUGUAUGUUCCAGAAAACCCUAAAAACAAGUUCAUAAAUAUUUAUGAGACAUUGUUUGAUGAAUUUGUUGUUGCCCAUAUCCUUGGGUGGUUUGGCAAAGCUGUGAUGAUACGAAAUCAACUUCUACUUUGGGUCUUGUCGAUCGGCUUUGAGCUAAUGGAGCUAACUUUCAGACAUAUGUUGCCAAACUUUAAUGAGUGCUGGUGGGAUAGCAUUAUUUUGGAUAUCUUGAUCUGCAAUUGGUUUGGUAUUUGGGCAGGAAUGCACACAGUCCGUUACUUUGAUGGCAAAACGUAUGAAUGGGUCGGACUGAGCCGCCAACGAAGCAUCAUGGGUAAGGUUGGUCGAGGAAAAUGGCGACGUCUGAAUUUGAUCUCACGAUGUUUCGCCCAACGAAACGAUUCUUUCGCCGAAAGCAACACAAAGCAGAAAGAAAAAACAACUGUGUGUUUUUUGACUAAAACUCUGAAAGGAAGCAGUACUAGAGGGAGGCUACAGCACCAGGCACCGACCUUUUUUCCUCUAAAGGAUCUUUCCGUGCUCGCUGAAUCCUAUUCUAUUCUUUUAGCUUCAUUUGUCUCCAUGGACAGCACGACGACAUGUCUGCUCUUCACGCAUUCUGACGAGGACGACAAUGGGGUGUUGAUCUGGCGAUCUGCCACCUACUAUUGAUCUAAUAUUAAGUUUAUAAUUUUUAGGGGUUUCUUGGUUCCAUAAUGCUUGGUUUGAUUUGAUCAGCCAUAUGCCUAUGUAUUGGUUUUGCCAUUCAUUCAAUAGCAUGUACUUUU